ACUUGAAUGGUCUGUCCUAGAAGGAUGAGGGGAGUGUUGAAUGCCGGGUCUGUGUAGCCUAGCUCGACUUAUCGCGGGGGCUUUUGGCCAAACAAUGAAUUUCUGUCAGAAAAAUUAUAAGUAGUUACAAUAAAGAAAAAAAAGAACAAGGAAAAAGACAGCCGGGAACACUGAGUCGUCGCGACAGAGUAUCUACGCAGGAUGGGCGAGCGGGUGGACACUGCCUUUAAAACCACUGGAUCCGAGUGGCUGCUGCCUGUCAGUGAAUACUUGGGCUUUCCCCUUGAUCAGGUGAAUUUUAUGGUGUGCCAGCUGUUUGCCCUGGCUGCUGCGUUCUGGUUUCGUCUCUACCUCAGUCCUAGCCAUGCCAAUCCAUUGGUCAGGCACGCUGUGGCCAUUCUCCUUGGCAUUGCUUUUCUCAUCUUCUGCUUUGGAUGGUACUCGGCUCACAUCCUGGCAGUGGUGGUAGCAAGCUACUUGAUCAUCAACAAAGCUGACAUCAACAAUGUACAUAGGUAUUCCAUGGUGACGGCUAUGGGCUACUUGACACUGUGCCAAGUGAGCAGAGUCUUUAUCUAUAACUACGGAGUUCUGUCCACGGACUUCUCUGGGCCUCUGAUGAUAGUAACCCAGAAGAUAACCACACUGGCUUUCCAGCUCCAUGACGGUAUGUGCAAGAAAGCUGAACAACUGACCCCAGAGCAGAAGCCUCUGGCUAUAAAUGUAAAGCCUUCUCUUAUCAAGUACCUGAGCUACAAUCUGAACUUCUUGAGUGUAUUGGUGGGACCAUGCAGUAACUAUAAGGAAUACAUAGACUUCAUUGAGGGCAGACACAUCAGCAUGAGGCUUAGGCAGCACCCGGGGAUGUGUAAUGGGCAGAACGGCCACGAUAAGACACCGGAGCCAUCACCUCUGAAUGCUGUCUGUCGAAAGUUGCUGGUCUGCAGCGGGUGUAUGCUGUUCUUCCUCACAGUGACUCGGGCCUUGCCGAUAAAGUACAACGUGGACCCCCACUUUGUCAGCCAAGCCCCCUUCCUCACAAGGCUCACCUACGCUUUCUUCUCCAUUCAAGCAGCAAGGCCCAAAUUCUACUUUGCUUGGACACUGGCUGAUGCAGUCAACAACGCUGCAGGUUAUGGUUUCUUGGGGAUGGAUGGAAAUGGAAAGCCAUCUUGGGACCUAAUGUGCAACCUUAACAUCUUGGGGAUUGAGACCGCCACUAGCUUUAAGACAUUCAUAGACAACUGGAACAUUCGAACAGGCAUUUGGCUCAAAACGGUGUGUUAUGACCGAGCCCCCAAACACAGGUUGGCGUUGACCUUUAUCCUGUCGGCCCUGUGGCACGGGGUUUAUCCAGGGUACUAUUUCACCUUCAUCACUGCCAUCCCCAUCACCAUGGCAGCACGAGCUGUACGUAAGUCAGUUCGCCACUACUUCCUGGGCUUCAGAGGCUUGAAGCUAUGUUACGACCUUUUAACUUGGGCUGCCACCCAGCUGGCCAUCUGCUACACCGUUAUGCCUUUUCUACUUCUUGCAGUAGAGCCCACUUUGGUUUAUUACAGGUCUAUGUACUUCCACAUUCACAUCAUCAGCAUUCUGGCUGUGAUCGCCCUGCAUUGGAAACCCAAAUCCAGUGAACCCUCUGCCACCACCAAAACGUUUUACUCCUCCUCCUCCUCCUCCUGGUCUUCGUGCUGUGCCCAGUGCCAGCCUGUUCACUCUAACAACAAUGGCAAAGUAGACUGAAAAUCCCCACUUAACGCUCUUUUACCAGGCUCUCAUUCAAUGGUGAAUAUCCCUUAAGGGCAUUUAGCCAGCAUACAUGGGAAAGCAUUUAAUUGUGGGACAAUACAGAGUUAGGGAAAAAACUAUGAUGGUACAUAAUGAUGCAGGACUUGAACCUAUGACACUGGAUGUACAUGGGGAGAGCUGCCAUAUGGUAAGAUUAGUACGAAACUGAAUCAGAUUCUAAGAGAACACAUCAAACACAAGAAAAGCAGGCAGACUGAAAAGAAAACCACUAGCUAAGGGAACAUCUCUGGUACCACCAUGACCCCCAGGACACUGGCCUCCUGCCCCCCCCCACAUAUCAACACCAUCUCACAGCCCGCCUGUUCCAACAACAAUGCAGCAACAGUGUGAAGAGAGAAAGGAGCUGACACUUUCUCUCUUGUCCUAUCUCCGAGUCCUGCCCAGUGGUGGAAUUUAAGCCAGCACAGUGGGAGAGCAGCUCAUAAACGGUGCACAAAUACCAGGACGCACACAAACUUAUGCAUUACUAGACAGACACUAGGACACAAGUAUGCACAAUCUCUCUGAGACACGCUCGUACUUGGUCACACUCUGAUGGCACACAAUGGCUGCACUUGUGUGGCCCCAUUCAGCUAGAGCAUUGUGUGUGUGUGUGUGUGUGUGUUGUCAUUAUGAAACAUUUGCAGACUGUGUUGGUAUGGGUGCAAUGAAAUACAAAUUAGCUCUGAAAAACAAUUCAGCUCUCAAACUGUCCAGUAAAACUAUCAAAGAAGCAUUUUAAGGCAGGACGGUAGCUCUUCCAGGUGAGGAGACACUCCUGUAGGACGCUAGAAGGCCUGUAAACAUAGAAGGAACAGCUAGCACAUUUUUAAAGAAAGAAUAGAAGAAUGGAACACUACUGCAACAGCAAGAAUACGAACCUUU